AUGGGGUCUGUUGCGCAGGAGACCAAGUUUAGGAAGGUUCAGCAGUUCAAAGCCGACUAUGCGGAGGCCGAGUUCACCCAGUAUGAGUCGCAGCGCACCGGCAUGAACGUUGUGGUGGUGGACAGGAAAGGGCCAAAGAUAUACGGUUACUUUGCACUGGCGACCGAGAUCCAUGACGACUCUGGAGCACCCCACACACUGGAACAUCUGUGCUUCAUGGGCUCACGGAAGUAUCCUUUCAAGGGUGUUCUGGAUAAGCUCUCCACUCGAGCUUAUUCCGACACCAACGCCUGGACGGAUGUCGAUGAGACUGUCUACACCCUGACCACAGCCGGAUGGGAAGGUUUUGCACAGAUUUUGCCCAUCUAUCUGGACCAUCUCGUCGUACCCACCCUCACAGACGAGGGCUGCUACACCGAAGUCCACCAUAUCGAUGGCACUGGAAAUGAUGCCGGUGUUGUGUACUCCGAAAUGCAGGGUCGCCAGAAUCUGCAGGGAGAUCUGAUGGAUCUGGAGAUGCGUCGUAUCCUGUACCCCGAGAAGUACGGUUUUCGUUAUGAGACCGGAGGUCGGGUAGAGAACUUGCGCGUCCUCACCGCGGAACGAAUCCGCCAAUUCCAUCGCGACAUGUACCAGCCUAAGAAUCUUCGCUUGGUUCUCAUCGGUGAGGUCGACCACGCAGACCUUCUCUCGAUUCUGGACAAGUUCGAGGAUGACAUCGCAGACAGUGUGCCCUCUUACACUGCUCCCUUCAAGCGGCCUUGGUCUGAUUCAAAACUCGAGCCGGGACUCUCAAAGACGACCGUUGAGACCGUUGAGUUUCCCGAAGAGGAUGAGUCUACGGGCGAGAUUCAGAUUGCCCUCAUUGGGCCCGACUCUACGGAUGAGAAGCUUGAGACAGCUCUCAAUACAGUGCUCAUGUACCUCGCUGGCUCUUCAGUCUCAGUGCUAGUCAACAAACUCGCGGAGAAGGAGCAUCUCACCAGCAUGGUAUACUUUUACGUCCGAAGCUUUGCGCAGUCGGUCAUUCACUUUACAUUGACCAGUGUUGCGACUGAGAAGCUUGAAGAAGUCGAGAAACGCUUCUGGGAGGUUCUGCGGGAACACGUGGCCCAGCCCAUAGAUCUGGCUUACCUCAAGGAUUGCCUACACCGAUUCAAGCGCCAGGUGAGGUUCACCUCGGAGAUCGGCAAUGACGAGUUCAAAGAUCCUAUCAUCAAAGACCACUCUUACGGUCCGCGUGAUGGUUCCAAGCUUCGGGAGGCUAUGGAGUCGCUCUCCGUAUUUGACGAACUCGAGGACUGGAGCGAGGAAGAAUGGCGCUCAUUCAUCAAGAAGUGGAUCGUGGAACCCCAUCACGUUUCUCUACUUGGAAAGCCGUCCGUAGCACUUGCAGACAAGAUCAAGUCUGAUGAAGUCGAGCGUGUCAAGGCACAACAAGAGAAGCUCGGCGAGGCAGGCCUAAAAGAGAAGGCAGAGAAGUUGGAGAAGGCGAAAGCCGAAAACGACAAGCCAAUCCCACUCGAAAUGAUGGAGAGCUUGAAGGUCCCUAGUACUAGCUCCAUCCAUUUCUUCGAGACAACGACCGCGCGCUCUGGACUUGCAAAGAAGCUCGGCAUAAUCGACAACAAGAUCCAGAAGAUCAUCGACAAGGAUGAGAACGGACUCCCACUAUUCGUCCAUUACGAGUCGAUCCCGACAUCCUUUGUUCACUUUGGGCUUGUACUUGGUACAGCCGGGGUGCCUACUGAGCUGAAGCCGUUGCUCGGCGUUUACCUUAACAACUUCUUUAGCACGCCGAUCACGCGCGACGGCAAGCGCAUCGAGUUCGAGCAGGUCAUCACUGACCUUGAAAAGGACACGAUUGAGUACAGCCUUGAUCGUGGCAACGACAUUGGUAAUGGCGAGAUGCUCUACGUCCACUUUGUGUCGGAGGCAGACAAGUUCAAGGAUGUUGUUCAAUGGCUCGCAGAUCUUCUGGUGAACUCGAUCUUCGACACCGAGCGUUUGAUUGCAGCCGUGAAGAAAAUGCUCGCAGACGUGCCAGACGAGAAGCGUGAUGGCCACAGCAUGAUGUUUUCCGUCGACCGCAUGAUCCACUACAAGGAGGCUUCUUCCACGCGCGCCACCAACACUCUGGUGAAGGCGCUCUACCUGAAGCGUACAUUAAAGCAGCUCAAGACAGACCCCCAGCAAGUAAUCGACAAGCUCGAGUCUCUCCGCAAGCACCUCCUGACCUUCUCCAACCUCCGCGUCCUCGCAAUCGCCAACUUUGAAACCCUCCCCAACCCGGUAUCUACCUUCAAGAUUCUCACCGACGCCAUCAAGCCCGGCCCGGAACCCACCGUCAACCCCAUCGACGACCGCGCAUCCCUGCUUUCAGACAUCGGAAAGAACCCUGGGGGCACCCACUACGCCGUCCCCAUGCCCAUCGACUCGUCAUUUGCCAUGUUGACCUCCAAGGGCCCUGACUCGUACACGAGUCCAGAUCUGCCUGCUCUGCUAGUCGCUCUGGCCUACCUCGAUGCCGUCGAAGGCCCCAUGUGGCAGGACAUCCGCGGCACGGGACUUGCCUACGGCGCAAACUUCCUGCGCGACAUCCAAGCCGGCCUUCUCAAGUUCCGCAUCUACAAGUCUCCAAACUCGUAUGCGGCGUACGAGAAGGCGCGCACCGUCGUCAAGGAAUACGGCGACGGCACACGCAAGCUGGACAAACUCGCCCUCGAAGGCGCCAUCAGCAGCAUCGUGCGCGAGUUUGUCGACGACAAAGCCACCAUUGUCGAUGCGGCGCGCGGUAGCUUCAUCGACCUGGUGGUCAAGCGCGUGGGCAAGGAGUGGUCCGAGUGGGUGCUCGGCCAGGUCCGCGAGGUCAAGGAAGACGACGUGCGCAAGACGUUUACGGACGUCAUCGCCAACGUGUUUGAUCCCGCCAAGACGGACCUGGUCAUCACGUGCGGUGGCAACAUGGUCGACGAUCUGAAGAAGAACUUUGAAAAGGACGGCUUCACCAUCAACGUCAAGCAACUGGUUGAUUUCCAAGAGGACUACGGAUUGCAGGGCGAUGCCGACGAGGAAGAUGAUGAGGAGGAGAGCGAGGGGAGUGAGGGCAGCGAGGAGGAGUCGGAGGAGGAGUAG